CCCCCUCCACCGCCAUGGCGGGCAAGAAACCGACUCGCGAGCACUGGCGGCCAAACGAGUCUGCCACACACUGUUCCCACCCCGGCUGUGGCACAGCAUUCACCUUCUUCUCCCGCCGCCACCAUUGCCGAAAAUGUGGUAAUAUCUUCUGCUCGUCGCACUGCACAAAGGAGCUUCAGCUGAACCAAGACGCCGAGCCGUGCCUGGCCGACGGCACGUUCUGCAGAGUGUGCGACCCGUGUCACGCCAUCGGCUACUCUGAGGUUCUGCCGCUGUCUGCGGCUGCAGCUGCGGCUGCAGCGGCUACAUCGACCGAAGCUGCGGCGGCGGCUGCUGGUCUUCCGAUUGACGCGGCCCAUGCGCGACAUCACAACCCUUCGCAUCCAUCGUACGGCGGCCUGCCGGUGGCGAUGGCGGUGCCAGUGGAUGUCGGCCCGGCCCGGUUUGCGCUGGCCAACCCUGAGCAUGUGCCGAGCGAGGUGGCGACCGACGCCGGCGAGGCGGUUGCGGUGGGUAGCGUCAUUGAUGACGUCCGCACCGUGUUUGACAACCUCAAUCUCGUUGCCGAGCUCGUCCAUCAGCUGCCGACGCUCGAGGCCAAGUUUGAGGUCGUGAUCGAGAACCGGUCUGCGCUGGACGCCGGUCUGCCCAUCCUCAACCACGCGCUCACGCUCUUUUCCGCGCUCCUCGACGGCGACUCGCUGAGAGACGCCCCGUCGGUGUACAACUACUUUGUGCUUGCCAGCAAGGACAUCGCCGCCGCCAUCGACUGGCUCGGCCGCAUCGACGACGUUGUUCUGAGCGCACCCAUCGCCGCUCCCGCUACUGCUGCGGCAGUUGCGGCGAACGAGCUCAGCGGUGGGGCCGGCGCCGGCGCCGGCUCUUGCUCCGACUCGGACAGCGAGUCGCACGAUCUUGUGGCGGCGCCUGCUGCAGCUACGCUCCCGCCGUCGCGCCCUGCUCCCGCCUUUACGCCUGCUCCUCCCGCUGCAGUCAGCGACAACACAACGACCUCGGCUGUUGCUACGCUUGUGGCCAAGCAUGAGGCCGACGUCGAGGCAACAGUGACGAGCCUACUCGGCGCAAGCGACGCCGACCGCGAGGCGCUGCAGCAGCAGCUGCGCUACCAGCGCAAGCGGCUGCGGGCCGACGCGGCGCGGGUGGCGGCCAUGGACGCUUCAGUCCUUGCCGAGGACGACCGGCUCCGGUUCAGCCAGCGGCUCGCGUCGGUUGGCGAGUACCUCGAAGGCUACGCCGCGAGCGUCCUCGCCGCAGGCUUUGAAGACGUGACCGGGCGCGUGUCGGCGCUGGAGGAGUCGUUCUACAAUCUCCUCACCGCGCUUGAUGCGCUCGACUCGAGCGACGAGGCCGGCGCCGCCGCUAUCUCGGCCGACAUCAAAGAGGCCGGCAAGAAGUAUGCAAGCUACCGCUCCGAGCUCUCGGCCGCCGCCGCCUCGGCCGCCUCCCCCAUCACCGCCGACGAGGCCGCCCGCGGCAUCGACCGCAUCGAAGACCUCCAGGAAAACCUCGCCGAGCUCAUCCGUACGUGCGAGAAGAAGUUUGGCUCGCUCGUUAACUUUGGACGGACCGGCGGCGACGAUGCCUCGUCGUCUCGUCUCCAGUCUGCCCGCAUCGUCCACGCCCAGGUCGCCGACGACAUGUUUCGCCUCUAG